AUGUCAUCCAAUCGACUGACUGGAAAACUAUCCAACGUUGCACCUACCACAAUUAUCACAUCGUCAGUCAAACAACCAACCUCAGACGGGAAUCGCGAUCCAGUUUGGAUCCAUGGAACUCACACGAACCACACCCAGCCUCCAGAAUCCUCUUCCAGUCAUCCUUGGAUUCGACAGCAACAUUUCGAUGGCACAAAAUCAGACAGGGAUCAGUAUCCAAACGAAAUUGAGAUUACUUCUCCCGGUCGGCUCGGCUCGGCUGGUCCUCCUGAGCGUCGUGUUGCUCAAUCCGGUAAAGGUGUUGUCUCCCUGGCUUUGAAAACCAAGCGUUCGAAUGAGCCGAAUUCGACGCAUCCAACAACAACACCUCAGGCCAGCAUUCACAUUUUGCGCGGUCUCGCUCGCAGUCCCCCGCGAACGGGUGUCCCAGCUGCUGGUUCACGGCACUUUGGUGAAGUGCAUCUGGAAUCAUCAAUUCUAACCUCGAACUCCCCGACAAAUGGCUCCGAAUCCACCCCAAUCGCUUCACAUCGAAAUUUCAGACCGAUGCUGGAUAGUCACGAUGACGAUUCGAUUGAAUUCGACAGUCCUGAUGGAUCAUUGCUCAUCCCGUUUAAUCCGUCCAAUCACAUCACAUCGCCUAGUUUGGUCUCGUUGCCAGGAAGUACCCUGCUCCCUUCGGGAUCUCCGCCGACCGAUUGGUCCGUUUCCUCGCCCAGUGGUUUAUCCGUUUCUGGGCUGAUUCUGAAUUGUCAAUUAACCUCUGAGUCAGAAAAUCAACAUAUGAUGCCCACGAAUCGGUCUGAUUUACCACGAGCUAGAAUCAGUCCAUCGGGAGAAACAGACGUUUCUUCCUCCCCUACUGGCCUACGUAUCUCAAAUCUGGAUCGACCUAUGGGAGGACAACCAACGUCCACUGUGCUACGUGAGCUUCCCGAUCCUAAUGUCAUUGUAACUGGUGCUAGUACAACACUGACUUCCUCGACAUCGCCGAACCAAUCGUCAUGGUCCCGUUUGAAGGCCGAUCGUGCGUUAAAAGUUACACCUAGUACGGAACAACCGGCCACCAACCAGCGAACUCGUCAGUCGACCGGAUCACCACCAGAGGUGACUGGAACACGACGAAAUGUUUGGUCUCGGUUAGGCACCUCGUCCGCUUUGGUCGGUCGUGUUCGCGUCCAGCCGGCUCUUGUGCAGCAACCUCCCAUGCGACCAACGUAUCCGUUCGGUCGGGAUUGUCGUUUCGUAUUCCGUAUGCCAGUGGACAGUGAAGAAGAGGAAGAAGACACGUACAAUCGCACUACACCAGCGAACAGCACAGCAAUGCUGGCCAGUUGUCGUCGUGAGCAGCGUGCAUUGUGGAUCAAA